AUGCGUUUUGCGGUCAGGCACAGGAUCAUUUAUCUUGUUGAAUACGAGAGCGCAGGUGAACACGUCUACCUAGGCUUCUCGGGAUGGAAGGGCAAAGUCGCUAGGGGUGCAGAUAAGGGUGUUACCAUGGUGAUGAAGGAGAUACCGAGAGAGGAAUAUGGUGAAGGCCAAACCCUCCUGACUGUGACCGCACAGCUGGUGAAUGAACAGCAGGAGAGCCGACCUCUCCUGAGCCCUUCCAUAGAUGACUUCCUGCUGGAAACAAAAACAGACAGCAAGCCGCAUACAGCAACAUCAAACACAGCAGUUCUAUCACCAGCGCUGGACCUCAUGGACCUUAUGAAGCCAGCAAUGACCAGCAGUAGUAAGACAAAGAAAUCUGACGUUAUCUCAAGAGGGGAAGCGACUAAACCAACCUCCUUUAGCAAAGACCACGAUGACCAAGAUCUAAUCAAAGUAGAAAUUGAGCAAAAUACUCAGAGUGUCAAAUCCCUCCAUAGACCCUCCUUGGAUGCUGUCACUAUCCCGCCGCGGAUAGAGAAAUGGGAGGAGGUGAACUUGAAUAGCGCACGGACUCCCGAGGAACCGUGGCUUGCAGAGAGAAGGUGUUCCAAAAGGAUUGUCUCCCAAGAGUUCCUCUGGUCUGCAGAGAAUAAGGUCUCGACUGAACUAGCAACCAGGAAAAAUACGACGGAAGUGCAUUCAUCAUUAACUGAACUGGAGCAGCUACCGACACCGCAGGCUCGGGUGAGCAAGGAGCAGGCGCGGGGAAGUGCGGCACUCACCAGGAACCACUCCACCGAGGAAGAGUUCGAAAAGGCAAAGGCGGCAGUCGAGUCUGACACAGAAUUCUGGGAUAAGAUGCAAGAUGAGUGGGAGGAGAUGGCGCGUCGGAACUGGAUCGCUGGGGAUGAGCCACCGCCAACGAAUACAACGAUCUCCGUGCAUGAGAAGGGCUAUUACUUUCACACGGACAACCCUUACAAAGACUGGCCCAAUGCUUUCGAGGAAGCGAUCAAGAAGCAGAAGGAGGGGGAUCUACCCAGCGCGGUCUUGUUGUUGGAGUCAGCCGUUCUCCAGGACCCCUACGAUGCAGAGGCAUGGCAGUAUCUGGGGUCCACACAGGCAGACAAUGAGAAUGAACAAGCAGCAAUUGUUGCUCUCCAGAGGUGUCUGGAGCUGCAGUCGUGUAACCUGGACGCCCUGAUGGCGCUGGCCGUGAGUCUCACCAACACGGGGCUCCAGCACCAGGCCAGCGAGACGCUGAAGAGCUGGAUCCGCCACAACCCCAAGUACAAGUUCCUCGUCCGCGGCAAGACCGGAUCCCCCGGCGCCGGACCCAAGGAAUCCAAAGAUGCAGGAGGAAAUUUGUUCCUUGCAGAAGUGAAAGAUUUGUUUCUGAAAGCUGCAGAAAUGAACCCGGACACGAUCGACCCCGACCUACAAACGGGACUGGGGGUCCUCUUCAACCUCAGCGGGGAAUACGACAAAGCUGUCGGGGCUUUCAAUGCCGCCCUUACCAUCAGGCCCCAGGAUUAUUUAUUAUGGAAUCGUCUGGGAGCCACCUUGGCCAACGGAGAUCGGAGUGAGGAAGCGGUGGAGGCCUACCAAAGGGCGUUGGAAAUCCAACCAGGUUUCAUCCGCUCCAGAUACAACCUGGGGAUCAGCUGCAUAAACCUGGGCGCCUACAAGGAGGCGGUCAGCAACUUCCUCACGGCACUGAGCCUGCAGCGGAAGACGCGGGCGGUACAAUCCUGCCACCAGUUCAUCUCGGGCAGCAUUUGGACAGCGGUGCGGAUAGCCCUGUCCCUCAUGGACCAGCCCGAGCUCUUCCACGCAGCCCACGUCGGGGACCUGGACACCCUCAUGAAAGCCUUCAACAUGGACUGAGCUGCCGCAGGGUCACGGCCUGCAACCCCCCCGUACACACUGCACACUCACCCCGAAAUCCCAACCCCAGCACCAACCAACAGGUGGACCUUGACCCAAAGCCGCCCUACGCUUGGAAGAACAAACCAAAUUUGGAUGUACAGAACUUCAACCCAAGUUCAGACUUACACUUCAACGUACAGUCUUCUGGGUGGUGAUGUAAACGGACUUUAUAAUACUUGAGAUAAUAUUGCAUUCUUGUUUAGAUUCUUCAAAGUGUCUUUUGGUUCUAGUCUGGUAAAUUAACCUGGUAAUCGCAUACGAUGCCCAUCAAAACGGGUGUCAGGGGUUACGGGGGAAAAAGGCAGGAGAAUGGGGUUAGGAGGGAGAGAUAGAUCAGCCAUGAUUGAAUGGCGGAGUAGACUUGAUGGGCUGAAUGGCCUAAUUCUCCUCCUAUCAACUUAUGAAUGUAUGGAAAUGACAAUCACUUUCCCUCGGGGAAACGUCAGCAAAACCAUGUUGAAUGAAAUCGGAAAAACUCAUCUCAAUCAUAAAGGCACAUGUUUGAGCAAGGCAGGCAUUAAGUGCUGCCAAAUAUAGAUCAGGACCAUUUCCAAACCACUUGCACUGAAGCAUUGAGUGUGGGCGUCACGGUGGC